UGGCUGCUUUAGUUUUGGUCUUGAAUGUGAUGAAUUUGAACUAAUCUUUGAAAUGUUCUCAUGCAGGAACUAAAUCAAAAUUCUUGUAAGAGUGAAGAGGAGAUCUCAGACGAUAGCAAUCAGGAGAUUGUCAGUCCCUGAGAGCUACAUCAAACACCCCUACAGAAUAGAUGGUGUUUAUGGUUUUUCAAAAACGACAAAGAGCAAACAUGGCAGGCCAACCUCAGACUGAUCUCCAAAUUGGACACCGUAGAGGAUUUUUGGGCGCUUUAUAACCACAUUCAGCUCUCCAGUAAUCUAAUGUCAGGAUGUGACUACUCACUUUUUAAGGAUGGUAUCGAGCCCAUGUGGGAGGAUGAGAGGAAUAAAAGAGGAGGCCGCUGGCUCAUCACUCUCAACAAGCAGCAGAGAAAGUAUGACCUGGACCGCUUUUGGCUGGAAACUCUGCUGUGCCUCAUCGGCGAGGCCUUUGACGACUACAGCGAUGAUGUGUGCGGGGCUGUGGUCAAUGUCAGAACCAAAGGAGAUAAAAUUGCCAUCUGGACAGCUGACUAUGAGAACAGAGAAGCUGUAACGCACUAGGGGAGGGUGUACAAGGAGCGGUUAGGUGUCCCUAUGAACAUGACCAUCGGCUACCAGUCUCAUGCUGACACGGCUACUAAGAGUGGCUCCACUACUAAGAACAAGUUUGUGGUCUGAAUCUCUUCAAGGGCCUAAAUCUCCCUCUCUCUCUCUUUCUGUCCAUUUCUGUCUAUUUCUCUCUGCCUCUUAAAACCAAAGCAACAAAAACAGACUGGACUCAAACUGCUACGAAACCCCUGCAAGCACACAUAUAUUUUUUUUUUCCCAAAGCCCUGCACAGACACACUCCUGACUUCAGCUUGCACAAACAAUGAGGACUCCAGCACAGACAAAGUUUGAAAAGGAAACCGUUCGUCUGCUGCUUGUUACAUUCACACACUCUUUAUAAGAUUUACUCUUGCAUUAUGCUACACUACAUGUCCAAUCAUUCACACAUCACUACACACUUUCCUUCCCUGAGAAGACAAAAAGUAGACAUAAAAAAAGUAAUGUUCAGUGUUUACCCCUGGAAAAUCUUGUUCAGUGUUUGUAAAGUAUUUAAGAUUUUUCGAUUUGUUUUUGAAAGAAAUUGUCAGUUUAUUUAAUGGCAGAGGAAAGAAAAUGUCUGUGUUCUUUUAUCCAGCAGUUUGCUGCUUCAGUGCCUAAUGAACAUAAAUGUUUAAUUUAUUCAGAUUAAUUCCUCAACAUUUCAUCAAGACGCUAUUUGGCUAUUGAGUGCAUGUAAUCAAGUUAAUCUUCACAGAGCUGCGUUACAUCUUUAACCAUUGACUGAUUAAAUUUGAGGGCUUGCAAUUCA